AUGUCUCUCCAGGUUUCCCCUCAGGCACCAUGGAGGAACAACAAUGUCACUUUUUCAAACAAAGAAGUUCCUGUCUCAGAACAAGGAGAGACUAUUAUUGGCUUCUAUCUCCUGGCUCUAGGUUGGAUGUCUUGGUUUGGCAACAGCAUUGUAAUCUUUGUAUUGUAUAAACAGCGAGCUAUUCUUCAGCCCACAGAUUACCUGACAUUUAACCUAGCAGUAUCUGAUGCCAGUGUCUCUGUUUUUGGUUAUUCCCGGGGGAUAAUUGAAAUCUUCAACGUAUUCAGAGAUGAUGGAUUCCUUAUCACUUCAAUAUGGACUUGUCAGGUGGAUGGAUUUUUGACAUUGCUGUUUGGUCUUGCUAGCAUUAAUACACUGACAGUGAUUAGUGUGACCCGGUAUAUAAAAGGAUGCCAUCCGGACAGAGGACAAUGUAUCAGCAAUAGCAGCAUCUCCGUGGCCCUUUUUCUUAUAUGGAUAGCAGCUUUCUUCUGGUCAGUAGCUCCAGUCCUGGGAUGGGGCAGUUAUACAGAUCGCAUGUAUGGAACUUGUGAAAUUGACUGGGCAAAAGCCAACUUCUCAACAAUCUACAAGUCUUAUAUUGUGUCCAUUUUCAUCUGCUGUUUUUUCCUACCUGUCUCUGUCAUGGUUUUCUCCUAUGUAUCCAUCAUUAAUACAGUCAAAUCCAGCCAUGCUCUAAGUGGAGUGGGUGAUCCAACGGAGAGGCAGAGGCGUAUGGAACGAAGCGUUACAAGGGUUUCCAUCGUCAUUUGUACAGCCUUUAUCAUGGCCUGGUCCCCAUAUGCGGUUAUCUCUAUGUGGUCUGCCUAUGGUUACUCUGUGCCCAAUUUAACUAGCAUCCUUGCCAGCCUUUUUGCAAAGUCUGCCAGCUUUUACAACCCCAUUAUUUACUUUGGAAUGAGCUCCAAAUUCCGGAAGGACAUCUUCAUUUUGCUCCACUGUGCCAAAGAGAUCAAGGACCCUGUGAAGCUCAAACGGUUCAAGAACCUCAAGCAGAAACAGGACAAUUCACCUUCUCAGAGAGAAGAGAAAUACGCCGCAGAUGUCCUGCCUGCUCUAAGUCCUGAUUCUGGGGUAGGGAGUCGUUCUAAUACUCCUCCCCCAGUGAACAGGGAAGUGUAUUUUGGUGCUUUUGAUACCCCUUCCAACAAUCCUGAUGUUGAAUGUGACAGACUGUGAGCACACUCUGCUCACAUUGUGCAGCCAAGGUGUACAUCCAAUAGCACAUAUUUGCCUCCCCCAACUGGGCCCCUCUACAAUUUGACUACAGUACCCAUCAACCUCAGUUAGCUGGUUUUGGAUGAUGAGAAUUGUACUACAACACAUCUGGGGAUCUCCUUGCUGGAGUACUCCUUGGCCAAUAAAUACUUUUCAUCUGUAUCUU